AUGUUCGACGAGAAGACCCUGGACGAGUCCACCGACGUGCCGAUUGUGCCAGUGCAAUCUGGCAAUGGCUCUUAUGCCAAUGGGACAAUCGACAAAAUCGAGGACGAUCCUGCAAAUCAAGUGUUCUUCGGCAGCUCAAUUACGGAUUCCUACCGUCUCAAGUCCGAGCUUGUUGGCCAGUGUAUGGAACAGAUUGGAAUGGGUCGGUUCCAAUGGGGUUUGUUCACCGUCUGCGGUAUCGCUGGAAUGGUCGACAACUUCUGGACCCAAGGGAUCGGCACCAUCCAGCCCGUCAUAGUGCGCGAAUUCUCUGAUGUAAGUCGCGUCACCUUCAGCUCUAUCGCCUUCUAUGCAGGGUUGAUCGUUGGUGCGUCUUUCUGGGGCAUCUCUUCCGAUUUCAUGGGGCGAAAACCUGCCUUCAACAUGACCGUUCUGUUUGGCGGUGUUUUUGCGCUGGCGGUCGGUAGCAUAAACCAUUUCGUGGGCUUCUGCGUCAUCUGGUCCAUCAUCGGAACCGCCGCAGGGGGGAACGUACCUGUCGACAAUAUGCUCUUCCUCGAGUACCUGCCAGGAUCACAUCAAUACCUCUUGACCGCUCUGGCAGUAUGGUGGCUCUUUGGCCAGCUUGUCGUGUCUCUGGUCGGCUGGGGCUUCAUCGCCAGCUAUACUUGUUCAGCUGAGGCGACGCCCGCGACAUGCGCCAGAGGGGAAAACAUGGGAUGGAGAUAUAUCAUGUUCACUCUUGGCGCCAUCACAGUUGCUUUCGUGUUCCUCCGCAUGCUCUUAUUCAAGAUUCCCGAAUCUCCGCGCUAUCUUCUGUCGAAGAAUCGUGACGCCGAGGCCGUUGAAGCCGUCAACUACGUGGCGCGCUUCAAUGGCAAGCCAGAGCCUCUGACGCUAGCCAUGCUUCAGCAAAUCGACCACAGUCUCGGCAUUGUCAGCCAAACCACGGAUGGUCGCAAAGGCCUCACAAGGAAGCAGAUCCUGAGGGAGAAUCUCGCCGACUUCAAGACCGCCAACAUCCGAAGCCUGUUUGCCACCAGGAAACUCGGCCAACACACUACUAUCAUCUGGCUCAUCUGGCUCACCAUCGGCAUCGCGUACCCGCUCUACUUCAACUUCCUACCCACCUACCUCUCCCAGAAGUUUGUCGACAACUCCUACUCCUCUCUGGACACCACGUACCGCAACUACUGCAUCACUUCGGCUGUUGGAAUGGCCGCACCACCGUUGGCAGCCAUGCUCAUCCAAACACGCCUUGGCCGACGGUACAUUAUGGGCAUCUCAUCCGUCGCUACGGGUGCCUUGCUCUUCGCUUACACGGCGGCUAGGUCGCCCGCGGCCAGCUUGGCUUUCACUUGUGUGUCCGGAUUCGUGGGAAAUUUUGAAUACGGCAUCCUAUUUGCCUAUACUCCCGAGUCAUUUCCAGCACCCCAUCGAGGACUGGCAUGCGGUCUCGCCUCCACGCUGCAGCGCAUCGGCGGUCUCUGCGCCGCUCUGAUCGGCACCUACACCAACUUCACUACCGUGCCGAUAUACGUCGCUGCCGCCAUGUGGAUUGGUGUCGGACUCGCCUCAUUCGUGCUGCCUUUCGAGACCCAUCAUCACGCUGCCAUUUAA